AUUUUUAUGGAAUAUUUAUCGUUUACAGCUCUUGUUGCUGACGCAUGGAAAACUGCUGGUUAUCCAGCUAUUAUAAUAGCAUACAUCCGCAUAGCAAUUAACGGUUUUAUAGCUCUUUGGUCAUGUUACAAGAUAUUAAGGAGAGAAAAAGGGGGUUCUUUCUGGAACAUUGGUUUUGUUUUAUGUGCUGCAAUCAUUGGGCUAGUCGCCAACAUAAAUUAUGUUACAGUUUUGGACGAUCUAAAAACGUUUUGGUUGGGAAAUCUUUGUUAUAAUGCAGUACUUUGGUUGUCUUGCAUAACAACUUUUAGUUCACUAUCAACAGAAUUGAAAGAUGUUGCUGGUUCUUUAGGUACACGUAUCAUUGGUCGACUUCACAUAUAUACUGCGUACGCUUGGACGGUGAUUACUUUUGUUUCUGGAUAUUAUCUUAAAGAGAUAUUGGUGGAAAAUUAUACGGAAAUGACCUUUGCUCAUCAACAAGAAGGUCCGGAGCUCGAUAAUCUUUUACAACCUUUCUAUUUGAUACUUUUUGCUUAUUUUAACAAAAGUAUAUUCACCGUAAUGCUUUUAAUUUUGUUUGUUUCCUUUGCGAAAUAUCUCAAGUUGAUAUCAAAAGCCUAUAAUUCAAUUCUUGCAUUUGGCGUGCUAGCAACAGUCCCAAUAGUAACCGACACAUUUGUUUUAUCAUUUGCUUUGAGACUCAAAGAGGUGACGACAACUGAUGCUAUCACAAGUCUAGUUUUGAAUUUUAUUUUUACAGACUGCUUUUAUUCAGCUGCACUUAUUAUAGUGCUCAUCUACAGCAAAUAUUGGGUAUUCUCUUCAAAAGAAAUUAAAUUGUUUUUCGAAGAAUAGGAACAGGCUAUACAGCACGAACUCAACAAAGGUGUCUUUCAUAUGUGUAUUUGUGGAUGUAUGGAUACCUAUUUGGGAAAUAAGCAGAUCAGUCAAACAAUUUAACAAUUGAUUAUAAUCGAUAAAACUGCAAUUAUUUAAUAAUAAAUGCAAUUAAAUGCAUCCACGUAAUUAAUUUUAUACCCUAAAA